AUGUUCUCCAUCAACGCUGCUCCCGUCGACGCUUGCAUGCCUGUGCCUUGCUCCAAGUGCUCAAAGACCACCUGGGCCGGAUGUGGCAACCACAUUGUCCAGGUCAUGUCCCAAGUCCCUGAGGCUGAGCGCUGCACCUGCCCUCGCGACUAA